CUGAGGUUCACUUUGACAUGCUCUCGAAAUUAAGAGAGCUAUAUACAUUGCAGGUCAGUUUCCAGCAUGGCUACAAUCCCAGAAGGCAUUAAUUGCCCUUAAUUUAUCCAAUUGCGGCAUUUCAAGAACUCUACCGAGCGACAUUGGUUACAUGUUACCUCUUCUGAAAUACUUAUUAAUGAGCCGAAACUCCAUUAAUGGCUCACUACCAGAUUCACUCUGCAAUAUGAAAGAUUUGUCGGUUAUAGAUAUCUCCAGCAAUAACUUAUCUGGUAGUAUGUUGGAAUGUUGGCAAAACUUUCAAGGCUUAAGGUUUUUGUCAUUGUCAUCCAAUGAGCUUUCAGGCAUCAUUCCUAAAUCCAUUGGAGGUGCUGGCGGAUUGCAAUGGCUUUUGUUGAACAACAACAAGCUUUCAGGACCGAUUCCCUCCACUUUACAAAACUGUACUUAUUUAGAAGCUUUAGACGUUGGAGAAAAUAUGUUGUCCGGUAAAAUACCUGCAUGGAUCGGAAAUAAGCAACUUUUAUUGUUUAUUCUUAAGUUGAGGGAUAAUCAAUUUCAUGGGGAGAUUCCUCGGGCACUCUGUGAAACUUCUGAACUUGAAAUGCUAGACCUCGGAAAUAACAAGUCGACUGGAAAAAUCCCGCAUUGCUUUGGAAAUCUCUCGGGCAUGAUUGAAUAUAAGUCUCCAAGUCUAUUGUAUAAUAAUGUGUAUAGCUUUCUUCAAGUGUUCCAAGGAGCAGUGAUGGAGUACUCUCGGAAUAUAAGAUAUCUUAUUAAUUUGGAUCUUUCAUGCAAUAAUCUUACUAAGAAAAUUCCUUUAGAGAUGACAAACCUUGGCAACUUGUAUGGCCUCAAUUUGUUACAUAAUUCAUUGGAUGGAGAAAUUCCAGCAAAGAUUGGAGAUUUGACGGCUUUGGAAUCUCUUGAUCUUUCGAGCAACAAUUUGUUUGGAGGAAUCCCCAAUAGUCUAUCAAAUCUCUAUUUUCUGAGCCACUUGAACGUAUCCAACAAUAAUUUAUCAGGACAUAUUCCCACAGGAAAGCAACUGCAAAUUCUCGAAGACCAUGCAAGUUAUGAUGGCAAUCCUCAACUCUGUGGAGCUCCUCUGCCGAAGACAUGUCUUGGAAACAAUUCUCCGAAUGCUUCAAAUGCUAAAAAUUAUGCUGAAUGAGAUGGAGACUCAAUGGAUAAAAUAUGGUUUUGGGGAUUUGUGGUGGGAGGAUUUGCCACUGGAUUUUGGGGUUUCGUUGGAUUGUUGAUCUUCAAACGGAGCUUCAGACAAGCUUACUUUGGCUUUACAGAUGAGAUGGGGAACAAGGUUCUGCUUGUCACGGCAUUACUCCGUCGGAGAAUUUCAGGUAAGUGAUAUAUAAUAUACAUAUAUAAUAAUGUUUUUAAUUUACUUAGUUUUCAGUUGGUGUUUUGUUCAAUAAAAGUUGUCGCUGAUAUUUUAAUUUUUCUGUCAGGCGUUGCUUUUAGUUAGAAGUACUCGAGACGAACAUUGGCUUGUUUGUAAUAUAUAAACGUUUUAUAUUUGUCUUGAACUGAAGUUUUAUGUA